CAUUGUACAUACUAUUAAAGAAAAUACAUGCAAAGGUAGCAGGACCCAACAGAAAGGGCACUGAGCAAAGAAACAGUUGGCAAAAUUUCCCAUUUGCUUAAAUAAGGUCAAGCUGUCAGCUUUUCAGCUCAUUUUACUUCCAGCUCUUACAGAACCCUGUCAUCUUAAUUUCUCUCUCAAUUGUUUUCCGAAUAUGCAGAUGAUUAUUACUGUAUUUACUUCUCUCCGUGAGGGAUUUAAACACCAAUAAGUUAAAUUAAUUACAGCUAGAUUCAAAGGUCCUACACCCAUACUGGAGACUAUACAUAUUCACAGAUUUGAAGCCUUACUUAAUUAUACUUUAAACGUUGUGUCCUGAAUCACACACCUUGAUCCACCUCACGUAAAAGAGUUAUGUUCCAGGCAGGCUUUAAGAAUGACAAGCUAAAUAACCUUACAGUCAAACACACCUCACAGACUGAAGUUGUAACUCGUAUUAGAAAGGCUGCAACGCUUUUUAUAGCCAGCUGCCUUAGACAGCUUAUUUUUAUCUCGAUCUUCAUGUUUUCAUUUCAUUACAUUAUAGGGCUUUCACCUACCUAGCUGGCAACGUGUACUCUUUCAUUUAAGACUGUACAAAGUAUGCAAUCAUAGCAACUGUAACUACGCUGCUGAUUUUCUUUUGUCAUGUCUAAAAGACUGGCCAUUUCAGCACCUACAAAAAACAGCUUGGCCCAAAGGAACUUGAUAAACCCAAGCCUUCUAUUAAAAUACCAGCUUCACAGAAGCGUUUUUUUCCUCCCUUAUUUUAUAUUAAAAAGUCUGGAAGAAGUCUCGCGAGUGGAUUAUCCUUAUAAAUCUCCGAUUUUUGUUUUGUUACUAAACGUCACUUGUUGCUAAGGAAGAACAGAGAAGAUCAAAGGACUUUAACAAAACUGGAAAGCUAAAGGUGAGAGCGUUUUGCUUUCUUUCUCAUUCUUUCAAGAUUUAUCACUGAACUACAACAAUUGCUGGUUAUAGUUCUAUAAAAAAGACUGCAUGCAGAGAUGUGAUCCCACUUUGCUACUUCAUCCUUAACUCCAAACGUCGAACAACAGCUCAGUUCUCUUUGCUUAUCAAUGUGAGCAUGCAUUCAACCAGACUGUUCACAAAUCCAUACGCAAUUGAAGUCCUACGAAUUAAAAGAGAGGAGCUAAUAGAAGGCAUAAGUGACCCAGACCACCUGCUGAACUGGCUGAUAGACAAUGGCAUUUUUUCCCCGGAAAAAAAGAUGGUCAUGAGUUUCUACAGGACACGAACAGAAAAGAACUCCCGAGUUUUAGACAUCCUGAUUUCUCAAGGCGAACGAGCCUGCAGGCUCUUUUUUUAUCCUUGUUUAAAGCAGGUGGAGCCAAAACUUUAUAAUGAGAUGAGAAAAUAUGUCAGCGAAGUUAAUGACAGCAUCAGAGAUGCAAGAAGACAAUUGGUAGGAUACUUACUUGAAAAAGACAAGGUUUGGUUUGAAAAUAGGAGUGAAAGGCACAAGGAAAAAAAAGAGACUCCUAGAAGAAAAAAGCAAGAUUGGGCUAUUAAGACCAGAAAAAAAGAAACCCACCUUUCAAGAGCAGCAAAACCUAGAAAAGGUCGUUCUGAUAGAGGCAUCUUUGGUGCAGUUGCUAAGGGCUGUCUUUCAGAGAUAGAGAAAACACUGAAAGAUAAUGAUAUUAACGCACUGAACUCCUCAAGAGAAACCCUUCUGCAUGUCGCAGCCGCUAACGGACACCUAGCAGUAAUGGAAUAUUUGAUCAGCAGAGGCGCUAAGCCAGAUGUGAAGGACAAGAAAGGAAGAACACCACUGCACAGGGCUGCCGAGAAGGGCCACGGUGAUGCAGUGAAAGUGCUUCUGCGGUGCGGCGCUUCCAUGUACAGCUUGGAUACAGAAGGCAAGAUGCCGCUUCAUGUGGCCGCGCAGAACAGCCACGGUCAUGUACUGACGGUGCUCCUGAGGGAAGAGGCAAGAAGCUACAGGAACCAGCACAACUUUUUGCACAGAGCAGCUCUUAAAGAUGAGAGCAGUCUGGUGGAAAGGCUUUUAAAGAGCGGUGCCUCUGUUGAUGGAAAAGAUGAAAGAGGACAGACCGCUCUCAGUUAUGCUCUUUCUCAGGGGUUUGAAAACACUGCAAAAGUGCUGCUAGAGGCUGGAGCCAGAGUUGACUCCAGCAUGGCUGAAAGAGCCUUCAACAGCAACAACCCAUCCAUCUUCAAAGUGCUGCUGGAGUAUUCUAAAGAUCUGCCAUCCGACCUGAUGGAGUCAGCUCUUUUUAAAGCUGUACAAAAAAAUCUGCACGACAUUGUAGCAGUUUUAGCUGACCGAGGUACAGAUGUGAACGCCUACAACGAAAUGCAGUACACUCCUUUACUCCUGGCGUGCGAAACAGGCAAGGCUGAGUCUGCAGAAGUUCUUAUCGAAAAGGGAGCAAGUUUGGGUAUAAAGACUCCUGCUUCAGACUCAGCUUUGCACUUGGCAGUUCAGGCUGGGGCUGCCCCCAUCACAAAGCUGCUCCUGCGCAAAGGGAUGGAAGUUAACCUUACGAAUCAGGCAGAUGAAACCCCGCUCCAUGUCGCUGCACUGCACAAUAAAGCAGCGUUAGUUAGCCUGCUAGUCAACGCCGGGGCCAAAGUUAAUGCUGUCACUAAGGAGCUGGUGACUCCUCUGCACGUUGCAAGUCAGAGAGGUAACACUGACGUUGCCCAACAGCUGUUGCAGCACAAAGCCAGUGUUAAUGCUAAGGACAGGCAGUCAAAAUCACCUUUACAUUAUGCUUCUGAAAAAGGAGACGAAACAAUGGUGGAGAUGCUUCUGGAUGCUAACGCUGACCCCAACGCACAAGACAAAGAGAAAAGGACCCCCCUGCACGCUGCAGCUGAGGGAGGACAUCUCGGCGUCGUCAGAGUACUGUUGGCUACAAAAGGAAGACUUGGGGUUAAGGACAUGCAUGGAUGUACUCCUUUGCACUAUGCGGCCAUCAAAGGAAACACAGAGAUUGUAAAACUUCUUCUGACAUCAGGGAAAAAUAAGAAUAUUGAUGACAGAAACAUUUGGAGAAAGACCGCACUGCAUAUUGCAGCGGAAUAUGGACACGGUGACUUGAUAAAUUUGUUACUGAGUUACGGGGCAGCCAUCAAUGCUUUAGACAACAGUAAGGACACUCCUUUGCAUUGUGCUUGCAAGGCCGGUCAUUUAAAUGCUGUAAUUUCCCUCAUCAACUGGUCACAAGGAGAAAAAGCAAACCUACUGGCUGCUAACAGUCUCAAAAAGACCCCGCUGCAAGUAGCAGAAUCUAACAGAACAGAAAAUCAGGCCCAAAUUGUCGCACUUUUGAAAAAGAAAAUGUUAAUAACAAGAUGAAUAUGUAAAGCACACAUUUUAAAAUGUAAAUGCAGAGUUAUUCUUUAAAAUAAUUUGGAUAGUGCUGUUGCCCAGUAUGACUGAAAAUUAUGUUAGGACAGGCAGAAUUAAGUCAGUAAUCAAAGGAGGCCACGGAAAAAGCCAAAAGCUGUAUCUUAGUGUUGGUCAAGUUCAGAUUUACUACAGCUGCUUCUUCAUGCUAACAAAUCCUGUCACAAGGCUUGAUAUAAUCCAACCAGGAGAGUGGUGGGGCCUCAAAGCUUUGCUACGAGAGUGUUGCUGUCUUCAGGGCACUACUGGGCUCUGCACCAAUGUUCAAUAUCGGCCUGGACCCUCUUUGGAUGUGUGUUAUACCCUAUCUUGUGACUUUAACAUAACCUAGGAUUAUAAAAAAUUGAUUUCUGUCUUUCAUUACAGCAUUUGGUUUGUUUUUGUCUCUUUUUAAGCAGAGAGAAUGAAAUCAACCUACCA